AGUUAAAUCUAGCGGUUGAACUUUAGUUGUUGAAUUUAAUAAACCUUUUUCAUAAUAGAUAAAAUUGAUAUUUGUUAAUUAUUAAAAUUUUAACUUUUAUUCUAAUGAGUUUAUGUGUUAAAAAUUCUUCGACUAAAUAAAAUGGAUACAGAAGACAUCGAGUUAAGUGAAGAAGAGGAAGAAAUAACUGCAGAAACCGUUUUAAAAACACUUCAAAUUGCCUGGCAAAAUGAAAGAUUAGCUCCAGAAAUUCUACCUCAUCGUAAUGAUAUGGUCGAGUGUAUGCUGGGACAAAUACAACACAUGGAACGCAAUAUUAAUAAGCUCCCCAAGACUGAUCUUCGUGCCUCCAUUCAUCAAAUGGAACUAAACCGAAUAAAAUAUAUAAUAUGCAAUUAUUUAAAGACUAGGUUAGAUAAAAUAGAAAAAUACUGUAUAUCAAUAGUCAAUGAUGAGAAACAGAGAAUGGAAAGUGGGAUGAAUUACUUAACAGUCUCAGAAUUCAGAUAUGCUCAAGAAUAUUUGUUAAAUAUGGAGAAUCAUUUAAAAAACACAGUAUUAAACCAUGUUCCAGGAAAUAUGCAAUCUUUUGAAAUGAAUAAAAUGGCUAUUUAUCCCAACUUGCAAUCACAUAUAUUUUUGAAAGCAAAUGAUACCAUAAAUGGUAUUAUUUUAGAAGACUUGUUGGGUGAUCAUGACGAAGAAAUAGAUUUAGAAGAGGGUUCACAACACAUUCUUCAAUACAAGCCCGUAGCAGAACUGGUCAAAAAUGGUAAAGUUCAAUUAGUUUGAAAACAAGAGGAACAGUUUAAAAUUCAGAGAUACUAAAGAUAUUAUAGCAAUGCAGUAAAAUUGUAGAAACUUCACUCAUUCCUUUAUAUUUGCCGUAACAUAUUUAUAGGGAAUAUUAAAAGGCAUAAAAAAAGGUUUAACCUUUAUUGCUGGUUCACAUAAAAUCAUUUUGUAAUAAAAAAAAUUUUUAUUUACAUUAAAUAUUUUUGUAGAUUU